GCUGAAUUAGCGGCUGUUGUUUGAUAAACAGAUGUAUGGCACUGUGCUGGUUAGAUUAGUAGGGUCUGGGGUUUGAUAUGAUUUGUGGAUUAUGACUUUAUUUCACUCUAGUCGUCAGUUAUUCACCUCAGAACACCGGAAUGCAGCUAGCGGCUUACUGCCAGCUAACCGCCCAGCUUAAAUGAUAAGUAUUCCGAGAUGUAUUAAUAGAGUAUGUUUGAUAUCAGAAUGACGUUACUUCGUUGGUUAGAUUUGAGGGAAACCUUGAUGAGAUCAAGAGCGAACCAAAUCCCUUUAAGAUGCCUGAAGACAACAACAUCUUCCUCUUGAGAAAUGCAGAGAAAACGCCGAGGAAACAAGAAUACAGGAAGGAGUUGAGUCUUCCUGUGCAAGAGAAGAAGACAUACACAGGCAGAAUGAGGGCCAAACAAACAGAGCUGAGGAAGAAAUUGAGAGAUGGCCUGGAGGAUGAGGAAGAGGGAAAAAGCUCCAGUGCUUCCCAGCUCAUUCAAUAUCCACCUGCAUGCAAGGUGAUCAUGAUCAAAGAUCGUAACAUUGAAAAAGAAAGCGUACGAGAGUUCAUUAGCAAGAAGCGAGAGAUGUUUUAUCUGCAGCAUGCUCUGGUAGUAAAGAGAGAGGAGAUCGAGAAGCUGGAAGAGGUGGCAACUCAUGAAGAGAAGAAGCUUGUAAGAGCUGAAAGGAUGCUUAAGGACGAUGCCAUGUUGUUUGACUCAUUUCUCAAGGAAAAUGACAAGAACACAGUGGAGGCCAUCAAAAUUGCUGAGCAGGAGACCAAAGCAAAGCUGGAGAAAAUGGCUGAGAUCAAGAGGCUCAAUGCCAAAAUGGUGGCCAUUAAAAGUGACAUCUCCAAGUAUGAGGACACUCUGCAGGAGUACAAGCUCUAUAAAGGCUUUUUGUUUGAGCUUUCUCCCCUGGAGUGGCAGGAGAAACAGAGAGAGAAGAACAGACGGUCUCCUAAGCCCAGCUCCACUCCACCAACCACCACUGACAAGAGAGAGAGGGAGGUGAGGAGCAGAGAGACAGAAAGAGGGAAAAAGACACCUCAGACUGAUAGACGAAGGGAGAACCGGAGCUCUGUAGGAUCCCGAGAGCUUCCCCCUCUUCGUGAGGGCAGAGCUCCAUCCAGAUACAGCAUGAAGUCAACUCCUCAGAGUGGUAAAAUAAGUCCUGCAUCUGAAACAGACAGCUCAGAAUAUGAGGAGGAGCCGGAGCUGUAUUUCACUGAACCGCAGCAGCUGUUGGACUUACUGAGUGAGCUGGAGGAGCAGAAUCUCUCUCUGAUCCAGAACGCUCAGGAGACGGAGGAGGGCCUGGUGGAGUUCAGGAACACUGUGGAGCAGACGCGCAAGAACAUGGAGCAUGAAGCACUCCAGCUCAAGCAACAGAUUGACAUCAUGACAGAGACCAUUCAGAAAGAGAAAGAGAGGACCGCAGAACUAGAACUCAAAGUCAGACUCUUCAACUUCGGAAAUGAAAACACAGAUGAGGACGACACACUGAACGCUCUGAGCCGGAAGGUGGAGGCGGUGUAUCGAAGCUGUAUAGGAAGCACUGAAGACAGUUUGAGUACUCUGCAGAUGCUGACGACUAUUGAAGGCCGGCUUGGAGAGCUGCUGGAGAAAGUGGAGAUGAUUCCUGCUGAUCGGCUCGCCAUCGCUGAGAAAGCCAAGGAGAGGGAGAGGAGACUCAGAUUGCGGGAUGAGAAGAUCUAUCUGCAGAAGCAGCAACAGGAAGAGAGAAUGAAGAAAGCCAUGGAGAGAGCUCAGGCUCAGAUCAAGAGAACGUCUGGUAAGAAGCUGAUGCCUCGCUCACUGCCUCCUGUUCGCAAACUCAAGGACGACCAGCAUGAUGACGUCACAGACAAAGAGAAGGAGGAGCACCUCUACUUUUUCACCUAACGCACAUAUUGUUACUCUAAUGGCUCACUGUGGGGUUUAUUUUCCUUAGUAAAUUAGCGAAAAGUCA